AUGUCUCCCGCUAUUGUUCCCAGUGCUGGUGCUGCCUCCAAGGAUGUCAAGAAGGAGUCUGCCACUGCUCGUCUCCUCGGCUCUGCUGGUAUUGCUGAGUUGAUGAUCUUCCACCCAGUUGACACCACCGCCAAGCGAUUGAUGAGCAACCAGACCCGGAUUACCAGCGCUACCGCUUUCAAGGAGGUUGUCUUCAGGGAGCACGUCAAUGCCACAAUCGGUCGCAAGUUCACCUCUCUAUUCCCCGGUCUGGGGUACGCUGCCGGUUACAAGGUUCUCCAGCGAAUCUACAAAUACGGUGGUCAGCCUUUCGCACGCGAUUACCUUGCUCAGCACCACGGUGCCGACUUCGACAAGGCAUUUGGCAAGGGUACCGGAAAGGCCAUUAUGCACGCCACUGCUGGAAGUUUGAUCGGCAUUGGAGAGAUCAUUCUGCUUCCUCUGGAUGUUCUUAAGAUUAAGCGCCAGACCAACCCCGAAGCCUUCCGUGGCCGUGGUCUUUUCAAAAUUGUUGCCGAUGAGGGUAUGGGUCUGUACCGUGGUGCUGGCUGGACUGCCGCCCGCAACGCUCCUGGCUCCUUCGCUCUCUUCGGUGGAUCUGCUUUCGCCAAGGAAAAGAUUUAUAAGCUGACCGACUACAAUACUGCCACCUGGGGCCAGAACUUUGUCGCCUCAGUUUGCGGUGCUAGUGCCUCCCUAGUCGUGUCCGCUCCCCUCGAUGUUAUCAAGACCCGUAUCCAGAACCGCAACUUUGAGAACCCCGAGUCUGGCUUCAAGAUCGUCUCCACGAUGCUCAAGAACGAGGGCCCUACCAGCUUCUUCAAGGGUCUAACCCCCAAGCUGCUGAUGACCGGUCCCAAACUGGUCUUCAGCUUCUGGCUGGCACAAACUUUGAUUCCUGCUUUCGGUCAGGUUGUAUAG